AUGUCCCGGCGAGGCUCGGGUGUCAAGAACUCGAGAACCCGAGGCCGCAGCGCGGCAGCCCCGCCAGCAAAUGUAUUUACUCUGCGGCCCUAUCUCCGCGCCAUCGGGCCAGGAGCGGACGCGAAAGGGGGCGGCGGCCCCGCAGUCCCUGAGGACCCUGCGUGCCCCGGGCUCCCGCAGCUCCCGCGCCGCCCGCAGCUCCGGGAGGAGGACCGAGCGCCCACCGAGGAAGUGGCCGCCGCAGACGGAGGGGACGCCGCGGCGCCAGAGGGACCCCCGGGCGAGCCCCCAGCCGAGGCCUCCGCGGCGCCUCCAGCCCAGGCCCAGGCCAUGGCCGCGGGCGAGGCCCUGCAAAUGCCCAAGGCGGCGGCCGGUGGGGUCCCCAACAUCGGCUUCGUGGGCGAGCCCCCGCCCUACGCGCCGCCGGACCCCAAGGCCGCGCACCUGCUCUACCCGGCGCCCUUCUCACCGCCGGUGCUCUUCCCGCCCGCGCCGGCCGCCCCGGCCCUGUACCCGCCGCCGGCACCGCUCUUCCCCGCGCCUGCUGCGCAGCCGCUCUUCGCGACCUUCCCGGUGUACAAUAGCCCCGUGGCAGGCGUGCCAGCCCCGGCCCUGGCAGAACACAGGCCCCUGCCCAAGGACUACAUGAUGGAGUCUGUGCUGGUGACCCUCUUCUGCUGUCUGCUCACCGGGCUCAUCGCCAUCGUCUACUCCCACGAGGCCCGCGCAGCCCUGGCCCGGGGGGACCUGGCCCAGGCUCAGGAGGCCUCUCGCAAGGCCCGCUCGCUGGUGCUCUUCAGCCUGCUCUUCGGGGUCUUCGUGUCCACCAGCUGGGUUAUCUACGUGGUGGUCGCGCUCUACCUGCCUUGA